AUGCCUGAAAUACUACGAGUUGGAAUCAUAGGGCUAGGGGAGAUUGCUCAGGUCUCACAUAUCACAGUCCUGAAUAGCCUAUCCGACUAUUUCACAAUCACAUACCUCUGUGACCCCUCUGAAGCUGCUCUGGAGCAUUGUUCAAAAAAAGUCACUGGGAACACCCCCAAAAUAACCACAGAUGCAGCACAGCUUUGUUCGUCUUCCGAUGUCGACGUGGUUCUGAUAACAAGCGCACACGGUUUCCAUGCGUCCCAGGCCAUACUUGCCCUACAUAAUGAUAAAUACACCCUAGUAGAAAAGCCAUUGUGCUUAUGCUUCCGAGACAUUGAGCAGCUUGUAGAAGCCGAAAAGGGAUCGGCAGGCAAGAUCUUUGUUGGGUAUCAAAGGCGCUACGCUCAGGCAUUUGUUGAUGCCGUGAAGGAAGUAGGUGGCCUCGGCAAGAUUCAAUAUGCCCGUGUCAGAGAUAUCAUCGGACACAACAGCUAUUUUGUUGAUCAAUCGGCGACAUUUCCGAAGAAGUUCUCAGACUACAAGCAGGCGGAUUCCGAAGCUAUGUCAGCGGUUCUGAAUGAACAGAUUGUCCACGCGCUUGGGACAGAGUAUGGGAUGGACGUAACUCCUGCGGCUAAAGAGUUUUUCGGAUUCUUUUCAAUUCUCGCUACUCAUGAUUUGAGUGCAAUGAGAGAGAUACUUGGUGGCAUGCCUCAAAAAGUGCUGGGAUCAUCUCUGAGCCUACCAUUUUGGACGGUCUUAUUCCAAUUUGACGGGUUUGCUGUAACAUAUGAGUCGGGUGUUCAUGGCGUCCCCACAUUCGACGCCCAUCUAGAAGUGUACUCGGAGGAUAAGAUCGUUCGGGUCAACUAUGACAGUGGAUAUAUCAAAGGACUUCCUGUCACGAUGACAAUCAGAGAAAGAAUUGGUGAAUCGGGAUACCAGGAAAGAACUGUGAGAAAAACAUAUGAGGAUCCAUAUACUUUGGAAUUUUUAGAUUUCCAUGAUUGUGUUAUCAAUGGGAAGACCCCUAAGACAAGUGUACAAGACGCGAAGGAAGAUUUGGAUCUUUUCAAGAUGAUCCUUCAAUCCUCAAAUUCCCUAUGA